CUUUUAUUUUCGAUAUUCAGAAUUAUCAAAAAUAUAGAGCGAGAGAGGCUUAUCCACACUUCUCAAGAUUGGAGGAAUGGCUCUUCUCUUCACUUCUCCCCUCUCCUCCGUGUGCCUCACUUCACCCUCAACUUCCAGAAUUUCUGCUAACCCUUGCAUCAGAUUGAGCCACAAUGCCAUUGCUAUGCAUCAAAGAUCCUUUGUGGGUGGCCGGAUUCAAGCACCCUUUUUUCCCAACAACAGGGGUGCAUUGAUCGUUAUGGCCGCCUCUGAUGUCGAUGGAACAGACUCCUCCGCCUCAGAGUCUCCCGUCCCUGCUUCAGGCGGGAAAGAGAAGAGCACCCCCGUUGAGAACCUCCCUUUGCAGUCAAAGGUUCAGGAAUUGGAGCAGCAGAGGAUCAAGAUGAAGCUGGCCAAGAAAAUCAGGCUGAGGAGGAAGCGCCUCGUGAGGAAGCGACACCUCAGGAAGAAGGGACGAUGGCCGCCUUCAAAGAUGAAGAAGAACAAGAAUGUUUGAACAUUGUGUCUAGAAAUUUUGCAGGUUCACUGCUGACUCAUUUACCUUACAUUUUUGUUAUCAAAAUUUACAUUAUGAUUAUUUCUUGUGCAAUGCAUAUGUGACCUUUCAUCUUUCAUCAAGUACAAGUUAAUUUUUGGAUGGACUA